UGGUUUCAUUUCUUUUUUGUUAUUCAUUAAUCUUACAUCUUAAUAAAAAUGUUAAGCAAUUUACGCAUAGCUUAUGUUUUGCUAUUAAUCACAAAAAUUAGUGAAACAAUGGUCAGUACAUCCAUCAGCGAAGAGUCCACUGUGUUGGAGAGAUCGAGUAAAAGUUUUUUAAAAGAAUUGGUAUUUGAAUUAAGCGGCAGCAGCCUUUUGUGGCCAUGCGAAUCGACAAAACAUAUUUAUAUACAGUCGGGUCGUUAUGUACCACGUAAUGUGAUAAUCACACGAGCACAAUUGCAACGCGAUAUAAUGUAUGUGGCUUUGCCGCGUUACAAACACGGCGUACCCUUCACUUUAGGCAAAAUUCAAUUGACAAAAGGACAAUGCAUAACGAAAAUAGCACCGUACCCUUGCUGGGCUAUACAAGAAGAGGGUAACUGUCAGGCCUUACAAUCGGUUGUCGAUAUAAAGCUAGAUCAUUAUGGUUUUCUCUGGAUUUUAGAUGUCGGUAUUGUUAAUACCUUAGAACAACCGAUACGUCGUUGUAAGCCAAAAAUUGUAGCCAUUAACACGCUGGACGGUAAAGUGGUCAAGAGUAUUGAUAUAAACAAUUUAUUGACAACUGCUUCACGCUUACAAUUUCUGGUCGUCGAUUAUGGAUCAAACGGCAAACCUUUCGUUUAUAUCGCUGAUGCUGGCGCGCAUAGCAUUUUAGUUUACGAUAUUGCUGCUUCUAAAUCAUAUCGGAUCGUUUUACCUAAAGCAACAUCCCCCAUCACUGACGUCCUUUAUAUGGUCUUAACAUCGCCUGGCACUGGCAACUCUACCUUAUAUUUCACAUACCUCACCUCAGCGAAUCUCUAUUCGAUAAAAACAGAAUAUCUGCGUAUGGGCAAAGGUGGAGACGGUUCCAUCGUUAGUGUUGGUACAAAACCAUAUGGAAAACAAAUGGUUCUGUUAGGUGCUGAUGGUGGUAAUGCAUUAUUCUUUCGUUAUAAAGGCGAAAAUGACAUUUACUUAUGGAACACUAAAACUUGCUUUAAGAUCAGUAACUUACAAGAGAUACAACGCGGCGAAGAUUGUCGCCUCACUACGCAGAUAUUGCCGGGCCAUAAACAUUUUAUGUGGGCUUUGGAAAGCAAUUUUCAUGAUUUCAUAUCUGAGCGCACUGGUUGCAACGGAGCAUCUAUUGUCUUACAUCCGGUUCUACAAGAGUGCGAUGAUUAGAAUAAGUAAGAGUUUAAUUUCGGCGAUUAAGACUGUUUAUGCACAUCUAAUAGAUAUAUGCUCUUAAAUGCAUAUCACUCACUGUCUUUGUUCUCUAAUACAAUUUUAAAUGAAAAGCAGUACUUAUUAUAUCUUGAGGGGCUGGAAAUUACUACUACAAAUGAAAAAAAAAGAAGAGCAAAAAGGAAAAUUGGAAUGAAAUGCAAUGGAAUUUUAAAAAUUUCAAAGAUGUACAUACAAAAGCUGAAAGUUAAAUGGUUAGCUAUGUAACGUUUGA